CUAUAAGCAUUUUCUUUUUACAAGCCACUAUAGGGCAAGUACGGAGCAGUGGAUACGUGACAGACACCCAGAGCUGUUUAUCCAUGCUGCUUCGGGUGAAGAUCGUUAGCGUCCACUCGGCGGUGCUUCUCGGCCACGAUCAUGGCGCAUGCGCGGCAGCGCCUCGGGUUCUCGGCGGAGACCGGCGGCGGGGACGGAGACCCAGUGGCACUGCCAGGCGCCAGAGGGGCGUUACGGUAGCGAUGGCGCUGAAGGAGGAGCCGGAGAGUAGCCGCAGCGGCUUCGCCGGCGGAGGUCCGAGCUGGGACCCCGGGCUGGAGAUCCAAGUCCCCUUCGAGCAAAGACCAGUGAAUGAGUACUCUGCUCUCAAGGAUAGCAUCUUGUACUCCUGGGCGGAGCUGAGCCCAGGGUCGUUCUUCCUGCGGCUGGGCAGCCUGUGGCUGGUGACGUUCACUGUACUCGCGGCCCCAAUUGCAGCCGCAAGCUUCAAUCCUGGAAAGGAUCCACUCAAGUUUGUGCUGGCAGCUGGGAUUGGAACUCUGCUCCUGGUGUCAUUGGUGGUUCUCAGGAUCUAUCUGGGCUGGAGUUAUGUUGGUGAUAGGCUGUUGUCAGCAGUUGUACCCUAUGAAGAAACCGGAUGGUACGACGGCCAGAUGUGGGUAAAGCCACCAGAGGUAUUGGCUCGUGACAGGCUCUUGGGAUCUUACAAGGUAAAGCCGGUGAUUAACAUGCUGAAGCAGACGCUGGUGAGCACCGGCGCGCUGCUCGUCGGGGCCGUGUCGCUCUUCGCGUUCGCCGCGCCCGUCGAGGACUUCCUCCACUCCUUGAACCAACCGACCUCCGCUGCGUCCAAACCGAGCUUGAGGAGGGAGGAGCUGCUGCGGUUACCUGUGGAGGUGAUUCAAGACGACGACCUCGCCGCGGCCGCAGCGGAGGCUGCCGACGGACGGCCGGUCUACUGCAGGGACCGUUACUACCGGGCACUCGCCGGCGGCCAGUACUGCAAGUGGGACGACCUGCUGAACUGAUAACCAGUACAAUACUGUUCUGAUAUAUGCGCCGUUUGCCACGUUGGUAUGCGAAAAGACAAAAUGUAUUUAUCAGAAUGCAAAUUUUGUGACGAUCUUGCUGGAUGUGUAAUAGAUAGCUCGAUCCCCACUGUC